AUGAAAGAAGGUGUUGGUGGUGGUGAUCAAAGCUUAGUGCCAGCGGCAACCGGGGGAACACCUCCUCUUCCUCUGCCGGCGGGGGCAACUGUUCGAUACUUCCCUCUCCAUCACCAGCCUCCUUUUACGCCCUACAUGUCCAGCGGGGCUUUCUGCUUGGACCUCAACAACAGCCACCACCACCGCCAGUUCUCAAAUCCGCUGCUUGAAAACUUGACUAUUUCCCCGCCAUCGAAACCCUUCACUUCCUUGUUAACUGGCUUUGAUGAUCAAGACGCUGCUCCGCCAAUAGUGAGGGAUCACAACGCCCAAAUUGAUCAACUCAUCAGAAACCAGGGGGAGCAUUUCAAGCGCGUCUUAGCGGAGAUGCAGCGGAGGCAAUACGAUGCGGUGGUGCACGAGGCGGAGGAGAAGGCCGCCAAGAGAGUCAAAGAGAAAGAGUUGGAGCUCAACCAGGUGGCCCGCAAGAUCCUGGGCUAUGAACACAGGGAAGCCCUGUUCCAGAAGGAGAACCACCUUCUGCAGAGCAAGCUCAAGUACUUGGAGGAUACGAAUGCUUCUCUGAGGGCGGCUCUCCAAGAGGCUCUCCUCCGGGGUGGUAAAGCGGAGGAGACUGGCGGGAGCUCGGAGGUCCAGCAAGAUGACGCCGAGUCGUCCCACGUGGGCCGGCACCGGCUGGCGGAGGAGGUGGAGCCCGUCAAGCUGGCCUGUAGGGCCUGCGGGAAACGAGUCGCCACCGUGAUGACGUGGCCGUGUCGCCACGUUAGCACCUGCACCCGCUGCGAUGAGACCACCAAAGCCUGCCCAGUUUGUGGGUCCAUUAAGACCACCAGUGUUGAGGUGCGUCUUCCGUAG